AGCCGUAUUGGCUGAGGCAUCAAACCAUUGUCUCCACUCUGUUUGCUGCAGUUUGGUUUUGUGUCCUGAGGCAUGCUCUUCAUACCCCAUGCAGCUCCUCCGCGUGAGGCGCGGCUGAUCCAGCGUCGGGAUCGGUUCUUGGCUGACGUCGAGCUCAGCGAUACUGGCGAGGCAGCCCUGGCCUACUGUGUGAAUCCUGGUCGCAUGGAGGCCUUCAGCCGUGCAGGCGCACGCAUUUGGCUACUGCCUGCUGCCACACGGAACCAGCCUCGUGGUGGGCGGCGACUUGCUUGGACUUGGGAGCUCAUUGAGCACGAAGGCACCCUUUGCGAUACGAACACGCAGCGGCCCAACUACAUUGUCCGAUCUCUUCUUGAGCAGCGCCUCUUGCCUGGUUUUCGUGAGUGGGCAGUCCUGCAAGCUGAGCGCACAGUGGCGCACCACACAGCUGAGAGGCCGGAACGACCACGCAGCCCCAAAAGGCAGAGCAGAGAUGGUGUCACCAAGCAACCGCUUUGCGCGGAGGCUCGUCAAGAGCUUGCAGAGGAUGAUGAUACGUUUGUCAAUAAAGCAGAGUCUUCAAAUACCCAGCCUGAGGUAGUUGCUAGAAAGCAUCGGAAACCAUCGCGGCCACCCAUCUCUCGCUUGGAUUUCUGGAUGAAGGGGCGGAGUGGAGAAGAGCACUACGUAGAGGUCAAGAAUUGUCACAUGGUUUAUCCAGAUGGUAAUGCUUACUUCCCUGAUUCAAUCUCCCACCGUGCUAGCCGUCAUGUGCGUGAGCUGGCUGCCCUUGUCGCGCAAGGUCAUCGAAGCACAGCCCUUUUUGUUGUACAGCGUGGAGACGUGAGAGGUGCUGUGCGACCCUCUGCACACCAUGAUCCAGAGUUUGCUCUUUCAUGUCGUGAAGCAGCCACAUCUGGUGUGGUUUUCCGCGCUGUUGUUGUUUCUUGCAGCUUGGAAGGUUUGACGGUUGAGCGUGAGGCACCCGUUGAUCUUGCUCCUUAUGACACAGUUCCCGUAGCCGCUUGGACGAUGGCAAACCGGCUGCACACGGGCUGGAUCAGAAGUAUGUCAAAGCAACGAGUGGCAAAUGGACCUUUUCCGCACGAAAUCCGAAACCUUGUCGCGUUGCGCAAGGCUAUUUCUGGCAAGGCACGUUUGGAGACGAAGAGUGCUGCUGAUCGGUGCCGCAAACGGGAGGAUGCUGGGGAGCAUGGGGGGAAGCGGGUCAGGACGAGUUGCGCCUCAUUGCCGGCGAAGCGGAACGCAACGCCGGGGGCUGAUGCUUUGGACGGCUGCGAAAGUUGUGUCUCCCAACUGGCGGACUUGAUUGUAAGGAACGAUCAGAAAGCCAAUGGCUCCACCUCUAGUAAGUUUUUCCGACAUGCUGUUGCGACCAGUUCGAUGCAAUCUGUAGUCGCGGAGCGGACCGCAGUGAAGGAGGCUACACUUUCUUCUGCGUUGUGCCAAUCUGCGAGGGCACCAGCAAGUCCCCGACGCACAAGGGUGUUCAGUCAGAAGCUUCAGGCGGCAACUCCAAAGAAACAUGCCAGAAGGAACAAUUCUCAGGUGUUCAUCGAGAAAGGCUGCAUCAGCGCGCCUGAUAGCUGCCGCCCUGGCAUGUUCAGCAAAAGCUUGGUUGCCACCAGUGGUGUGACCAUUGAGCUGUGAAUGCAAGGAAGUUGUCUUAGUCGGGAUCUGCGUCUCAAAGAACAAACAUGGAAGCCUUUUCAUGUCCAGCUCCCUGUGGUAAGGCCCGCAACCGUGCCAGCCUUACAUUCUCGGUGGCAGCGGCUCGAAUCGAUCAGGA